CACAGAUGAUCAGCUUACUUCAGUCAAAAUCAUUGGCUGAAAUCAGCUUCCAAACUGUCUAAUCACAGCAUGGCAAAAGAAAUAAAAAUCUUAGUGGUGAAUAAAUACCAGGGGUGGACUGACAACUCAUGGGGCCCCCGGACAAUAGGGGAUCAUGGGGCCCCUGUGUCCUUUCCCCAAACUUAAAAAAGCCUAUGAAAAAGGUACCAGGGGCAUAUCAUGGGGCUCCCUACUGAUCCCAGGCCCUCUGGCAGUGCCCGAGUUUCCAAAUGGUCAGUCCGCCCCUGAUAAAUAC